CAAAUUAUGUCUUUCGGCCGGAAUCGAUCGCACUGAUGAGUUUCUGUUCGAUUAUUUCAAUUCCAAUUUAAAUUUAUUUAGAAUCUCGUUUAGUGAUCGAGCGAGCUCCAUCUAUGAUGCAACGACCGGGAAUGACAGGCAUGGGGGGCGGAGUGGCAGGUGCGGGAAUGGGAGGAAUGGGAGGCCCGCAAGGAUUGCCGGGAAUCUCAGGCAUGAGUCCAGCAGACAACAUACACACCGUUAGCGAAACGCAAGCCAAUUUUAUAAGUGACAGAAUCCAGAAUGUUGAACGGUAUUUUGGUCUCAUGUGUAGAGGCACAGCGCUCAUUGCAAGAAAGCAUGCCAAAUGCAGAGAUGCAAUGGACGAUCUGGCAAGAGUGAUUGUGGCAUAUACUGACACGGAAACCUUAAAUGUAUCGAUGCGAAAUCAAGUUACUCAGCUAGCCGAUCUCAUGUGCGGUAUUGCCGACGUCCAACAGGUGCUAGUUGAGAAAUUGGAAAUGAAAAUAGUGGGAGGAUUCUCUACCUAUAGGGAUGCCUGUAGAUAUGCAAAGGGAGAUCUUGCAUCUACGUUCAAGGCGCAAGCAAGAGAGAUUCAAACCAGUCAUAAACUUGAAGCUAUGCGGGCUACUGGACCAGCGAACUACAGGCAGAUUGCCCUGGCUGAAACUGAGCUGCAGCGAGCAGCCAUCGACGUCGCUCGUACGCACGCAGCUCUGGAAGAAAGCAUGGAGUACUUUGAGAUGAAGAAGCUACGUGACCUCCGGCGAUUCCUUCUCGAGUUCUGCCACGCCAUGCUGAACUACCAUGCACGUAACAUCGAGCUCUACUCCCGUGCGUACCGGAUGGUCAAGGACAUGGAUGUUGACACCGAUCUGGACGACUUCCGCAAGGCGAUGCAGUUCCCGGCUCCGCCCAGCUCCUCGCGGAAGUCCGCCCUCGACGUGCUGUCACAGAGUUCCGCGGCCGGUCUCAGUCAGGGCCGAAAAGCGGGCACGGGUGCCAGUCCGCGGUCCACGCCGCCGCGCUACGCUGCCGGCAACGAGAACUCGCCGUACAACCAGCGGCACCGCUCGCGCUCGAUGGACUGCGACAGGGAGCCGGGGGCACGUCUGCGAGUGCAGUCGCGACCUCGCAUGAGCGACAACGACGUGUUCCAGCAGUCGUACGGGAACGGAUCGCGGGACCGCCUGGCAGCUCGACCCUCGCGCAGCCGCUCCUCUUGAGAUGCUGGCCGUGCUAGCCGACAACCCAAGAAAGUUUGAGCACAGAAACACCGGUGCUAAAAAGGCACAGAUGGUGACUCACGUUGGUAACACUCGUUCGUUCUCAUGGCCUGUAUUUGCUCGCAUUUUGUGCUUAAUGUGCGUGCGGUAGCUUGAUGGAGCGGGGGAGCCCCCACCACAGCCGAGCGACUUGCACAAUGCUGAUGGUCCUGAUUAAUGUCGAUGACCCUAAGAUGCGCACCGCGAAUAUUGAUUGUAUCAUU